CAGGCGACCCAGGCUGGGCUCCCGCUGAGCUGUUGUGUCUCUUAGUCUCUGGCUGUCACUCAGUUGCUGUUUCACCUCCAUCAGACAACACGAACAGCGGACUAAUCAACAUAAAAUGAACCUUUUUUGCUUCUCGCUGGAGGGGUCUAUGAACAGCCUGUAUGAGGCAGUGCAGAACUCCAAUGAUGACCGCCCAACACCCCCCGUCCCAAGCCGCUCCUCCAGCCGCACAUGCAGCCGCUCCUGCAGUCCAGCCGUUUUGCUGGAUGACAACACAAAAUGGGGAGGUUCUGGGAGAUCUAUUUCUAUGGAGCUGCCUGUGCAGCAGAGGACCAACUCUAAUAAGAAGAAAAGAAGGACACACAUAUCCAAUUCUGCACCAGACAACGAAAAACUGGAUAACCCCGGCUGUAAUACUGCAAUUGGGCAGCCCGCCAAAAGCCAAGAAGAUUUAGUCCACAUCACCAACAAUCACAAUGAAGAGAUGAGGAAGACUAAACACAGAACAGAAACCAAAGAAGGGAAAGGAGCCCAUCAUUCUGGCACAAAGAAAAAAGAGAAACUGCCUUCAAGCAAGAGUGUCCAUGUCAACGGCGUGGUGACAGAUUUUAAACCUGCUGUCAAAAGAAACCAAAAGACUGGAAAGAAACCAGAUGGAAAGAGCGGGAAAGAGGGGUCAAAGAAGAGUCACAGCUCCACAGUGCACUCCCCACCAUGCACCAUGAGCCCACCCUUGGGACCCCACUAUCUUGACAUGCCAUACAUGUCGGACAGGAGGCCCUAUCUUGGGAAGUCCUCCACUCUACCUGCUCAGGAGAACGCAACCCCGGGACGCUGCGUAGAUAUGGUCACCCUCCCUGGUGGAGCAACGCCAACCCACACCCACCAACAGCGCUGGAGCAACCCAGGUGACAGCAGUCUUGCCUGGGGGACCAUCCAGCACACCUGCCGCAGGCCACUCACAGAGUACCGGGUGUACUCCCAUGACUUUACCAUGUCUCCUGCAAAGGAGUGGGGAGGAAGUCAACAGCAGGAAACGGCCCAGGAUGACAGCGUGAAACGGGACUGUAAACCCCAGAUUCCGCCAAAGGUGUCAAGAUCCCUCACAGAUGUGGAUCUAUCAGAACCAAAUCGGUCCACCAGCUUUGGCAGGUUUGAGGGUCUCAGACAUCACUCUUCACAACCCAAACCAGAGGGAAAUGGAACAACUGAGCUUCCAGAAGAAUGUGAUAUUUUGGACCCAAACAAAUCCGCUGGAAUUGGGAAGAAGAUGAAGGCAAUUUCUCUGACCAUGCGCAGAAAAAUGGGCAAAAAACAUGCCAAAUCCUUUUCUGAGGAGGCAGGUGAUGACACAGACAAAGACCCAGAGGCAGAGACAGAGAGUGGCCCACCAGUUGAGAAAAACUCUGCAAAGACAAGCAACUCCUUAGAGAGUCUUUACAGCGGCCAGAGCUCCUCAAGUUCAGGUGGUGUGACCAGUGAGUCAAACGGUUCUAGUCAGAGAGACAGUCUGAGGCUGGAGGAGGACGGCUCUUAUCAGGGACAGUUCUGUGGCAGAGCUCGCGUCCACACAGACUUCGUUCCCAGCCCGUAUGACACAGACUCCCUCAAACUCAAGGUCGGUGACAUCAUCAACGUCAUCAGCAAGCCUCCAAUGGGAAUCUGGACAGGCAUGCUCAACAACAAAGUGGGCAACUUUAAGUUCAUAUAUGUAGACGUUUUGGUGGAGAAAGAGGAACAAGAGGAAGCUCCCAAGAUCAGACAACAGAAGCUGUGCAAAAGACCUCGGCCUAAAACGUUGCUGGAGUUACUGGAGCGACUGAAUCUCGAGGAGUAUGCCUCUGCCUUGCUGCUAAAUGGCUACCAGACAGUGGAGGACCUGUUACACCUGCAGGAGAAACACCUGAUAGAGCUGAACGUCAAAGACCCCGAGCACAGACGCAAGCUGCUUGCUGCUGCUGACUACCGCUACACAGGUGAUGAUGUCAGGGAAGCGGAGGAGCACAGAUCUUCCCACAGUCUAAAGGAAGAAGACAGCGACUGUCCCAGAGACUCAGGUUGCUUCAUCCCAUCUGAAUGUUCAGACAGCAAGGAGGACGCAGAGCAGCUGACAGACGCUGUGCACUCUUAGUGUCAUUACUUUUAGGUAGAUACUUUGAAAAUUUGAAUUCAGUGUUAUAUUGAAUAUAAUUCGUUAUUAUCACGAUUUCAACAAUUAUUGCUCAAUUUUCUCAAAAUGUCACAUUAAUAUAUUUUAUUACAACAAGACAAAAGCUAGCCUAAUGUAAACGUUUUUUCAAAGUGUGAUAGGCAGAGCAAACAACCAAUAUUCUAUCUUAUCCAUGUGUCACUUUAUCAAGAUAAUGUUAAGUUGUAAAUGUUGAUUUUUGGAGCUUUCUUUAUUCUAUGUUGUU